AUGGCGAGCGUACUACCCCCCCUCGUCACCACGCCGAGUCUACCCAGCCAGGACACGAUUGCCCCUCCUGAUGCUGUACCUCCCGGCCCCUUCUCCCCUCAGACCCACGUCUACCCCGUCCAGCCGUCGCCCCCUCCCGAGCUUCAACCCAACCCACAGCCACCCAACAGAGGCCUUCGUCGCUUCCUAGACAUUCGAAACCUUCUCGGCUUCCUCUGGCUCGCGCCAGCCCUCGCUCUGUUGAUACUCAAUUUCAGAGGCCACAUCAUCGGAGCUGGUCUCAAUUGCCCGGGAUGUCGGAUCAACCCCUACUCCACCGACCGAGUCCGGUUCAUCCAGAGACUCGACCGGACAAACCGUAAUGUGCUGGGAGCCCUCCAGUUUGUUGCCAAAGCCCUCGAGGUCUGGUUCAUGUAUGUGGCUGGUAGCUUUGUCUAUCGGAGUGUGCUCUUCCUCUCUGCAAAAGACCGGCGGCUUCCGAUAAGCCUUCUCCUUGUCUAUGCCGAGUUUAUGGACCUUCUUUUCCUCAAGGAUCUGGCGGUAAAAGCGAGAGAGCUAGCUAGAGACCGAAGAUAUGCGGCAGGGCCUACGAAGCCCGUCUACCCCGUCCUGUUCCUCUUCAUCCUCCUCGUUGCAGCAUUGUCCAUCAUAGCCAACCUAAUGGGUGUCGCCACGGCUACUCUGGCCAUUCCUUCCCUGCAAUUCGUGGAUAUCAACAAAAAUGACUCCCUUGCAUUCAGAGAGUUGCUUGCCUCUGCGCCUCCCAGGGAAAACGAUACAUUUCUGUGUCCAGAGGGUGAAUUGACGAGUCGGAGAUACAGCUGCACUGAGCUAGCCUAUUCGUCCAGCAUGGAUGAGCUGGUCGAGUCGGCAGUCUCCACGACCUGGCAGUACCGGAAGCGGGCCCUUGGACUAGUACUGCCUCCCGUUUCUCGAGAGGAUGCACUGAGUUUCAGCCUCAAUAGGACCGAGGACGAUGACGGGGAUGUCUCGUGGGUUCCAAACAGGCAGCUCCUUCGGGAUUUCACGGUCGAUGCAACGAACUACUACCAUGUUACAUAUGAACCUGACCGGCAGGAUUCUAUCCUUUACCCCGACUCCGACCGGUUCAGCCAGGCGCUGCAGACACAGCUCCAGCGGAGAGGUCCGGCUCUGGGGAUGAUUUCGGAGUGCCAAGUGGACCGCGAGCAUUACAUAUGGGAGAUCGCAGAGGACAGGCAAGUCCACUGCUACCCAUGGGUACCGAACCCGGACCAGGGAAGAUGCAUCCGCUGGGGUUCUGGCUGGAAGGAGAGCCCCCAGACUACUUCGGUUGAGUUCACCAUGCCAAACAUUACCGACGCGGAGUACGACCUGACUGUCACGAUAUACGCAACACCCAUGGCCCGAUGGGUCCUCUACCCCUGCUGGGCGGACGGGUCGUGCCCCUGGGACCAGAUCUUCGAAGAACCCGCCGCACCCAACGAGUUCAACAUCUCCGGGCCUCAGUUGACCUACAUCUACUCGAUGCCUGAGCACACUACCAGCACAGUGUGGUGCUACAACGUUGCCCACCUCGGGUUCGCAGAUUACACCCUAGACCCGAACCCACUCACCAAUUACCUCGGACUGGUCCAGCUCAGCAUCCUCAACGGCCACCCAAGCGCGGACCCCAAGUCCAACAACAGAGCCGUAGCCACCGUCCACCCGGACUGGGUCCUCGCAGCGUGGUCCGUGAGCCCCGGAGGCGAGAUAAGCCCCACCCGGGGCUCCAUCGGUCGGUUCUCCGAGGCCUUCCUGGAGGCAACCGCGCCCGAGCGCGAGGGCGAGCGAAUUAACCUAAUGUUCAGCUCAGUCCACACGUGGUCCAGCGCCCAAGUCCUCUCCUUUAUCAACUACGACACUGCGACAAUCUCAUCGGCCCAGGAACGGGGGGAACAGGAACAGCGGGUCAAAGAUGACCCCCUCCUCCAAUCAUUCCUACCAUCCUGGGCAACGGUGCAGGUCUGGAAAUUCGGCAUCGAGUCUCGCACUAGCAUUCUGGGCGUGGUCAUUAUGACAACCGGCGUCGUUAUCGUCCUUCUCACGACAAUCCUCUGGAUCGAGCCACCAAAGACACCUACGGGGCUGGUCGUCGGGGCGCUAUUGCAUUCGCCGCCACAGGGGCCCGUUACCGCGGAGAACGGGGUGCCGGUACAGGCUGGGUAUGAUCGGACAACGAAGGAGUUUCGAUAUAAUGAUCCGGGCUCGCAGGUACCGCAGAUGUCGACUGUUGUUGUGAGUCCGAAGCCUUGA